AUGAUUGAAGAAACAAGCAAAAAAACUUUUUUAGGGUUUGAUUUCAGCACACAACGGUUAAAAGCUGUCGUUAUUGGUGAAGACUAUGUUGUCCAGCAAGAAGCAGAUGUGGAAUUUGAUAAUGAUUUGCCAGAAUUCAGAACGUUUGGAGGAGUGGUACGCGGGGAACGGGGUGAGGUGACAGCACCACCACUCCUGUGGGUAAAAGCUCUUGAUAUGGUCAUGGACCGGCUCAUUGUUGCUGGAGUGGACUUUUCGACUAUAGAGGCACUAUCUGGGGCAGCACAGCAACAUGGAUCUGUAUGGUGGGCCAAAGGUUCAGAGUCAAAGCUUGGCAAUCUAUCACCUGAGGAGUUCCUCCACACACAACUUGCUACAACUUUUGUUGUCGACUCACCAGUCUGGAUGGAUUCAAGCACAAGUACAGACUGUAGGGCAAUUGAAGAAGCUGUUGGAGGACCUGAGGAGUUGGCAACCAUCACAGGAUCCAGAGCAUAUGAACGCUUCACAGGUCCUCAAAUACGAAAAAUGUUCCGCACUAGACCAAGGGCUUACCAAGCGGCUGAAAGAAUAUCUCUAGUAUCCUCAUUUGCUUGUUCUCUGUUCCUCGGAAAAAUAGCGCCCAUAGACUUAUCUGAUGGCUCCGGAAUGAAUCUCUUAGAUAUACACACCAAGAAAUGGUGUGAAAAAGCUCUGAAGGCGUGCGGUGAUGAGACAUUGGAAAGUAAAUUGGGCGACCCGGUCCCGACAUCAUCAAUAUUGGGCAAAAUAUCCCCAUACUAUGUUCAUCGGUACGGUUUCAAGCCUGACUGCAAAGUUAUUGCAUUCACCGGGGACAACUGUUCUGCUCUGGCGGGCCUCCGUCUCCGCUCGGGCUGGGUUGGUCUCAGCCUGGGGACGAGCGACACGCUGCUGCUGGGCCUGGAGUCACCAGCGGCGCCCCCUGCCGGCCAUGUACUGGUGGGACCCACCGCUGAAGCCCCCUACAUGGCGCUGCUGUGCUUCUCCAACGGCUCCCUGACACGGCAGAACCACAGAGAUCGCCUGGCCGGGCCCAGCUGGGAGGCCUUCAAUGAGCUCCUGCGGUCAACGGUCAGGGGCAAUAUGGGCUAUAUGGGCAUAUACUACGACACGGCCGAGAUAGUGCCCAGGGCCGCUGCGGGGCGGUGGCUGGUGGGGGGCGGGGGGCGGAGCGCCGAGCGGCCCGCGCCCCAGUUCGAGGCGAGGGCGCUGCUCGAGGGGCAGGCGAUCGCGAGGCGCGCCCACGCCGAGGACAUGCACUUCCGUCUAGAGCCUUCGUCGCGGGUGGUGGCGACAGGUGGCGCUUCGGUCAACAAGGAGCUGCUCCAGAUCUUUGCUGAUGUAUUCAACACGCCCGUCUAUGUGCAAGAACAGCAUGCAAACGCAGCAUUAUUGGGAGCCGCCAUCCGCGCUGCUGAGGUCUGGAGCACAGAGGCCAGCGUCACCUUGACUGGAUCGGAGCCAACCCUCACUCCGGUGGCCAUCCCCUAUCCAGACAGCGAGAAGAUCUACACUCCAAUGAUGGCACGAUACCGAAAAAUGAUAGAGGACAUUCCCAAACUCGAA